UAAGCAACAUUGCGAAAGAAUACAACAGCUGAGCAUCACUCUUAAUUGCAGCCGCCAACCAAUUAGCUGAGGUACUCCGCUUUCCUCCGACUGAAGAAAUGCAGGCUAAUUGGGGAGUCUAAAUUGCCAGUACCGCCCCCGCUGAGACCAGGCAGCUGGAGGAGAGGGGGGGUCUGACGGCGGAGAGUCCUGAACCCCACGCUCGCAGAUCGCUGCCUGCGCUGAGCACAAAGGGAGAGACGCGGCUCCUCCGUCCCCUCUUUCAGCUGAAAGAAUCCUCCGGACCAGAUUAACGCAGACUUGUGUCUGGCGCCUCUGUUCUCCUCACAAAGGCUAACCUGAAAGAGAGCGCAGUGCUAUUUAAUGAGCUGUGAGAUGAGGCCUUGCUGCUAACAGCCAGUGGAGAAAGGAUUAAUCGUCCAUUCAUCUGGCUUCAUGUACAUGUUCCUGAGCGAUCCCCUGAGGAGAGCCUACCACGGAAUCCAAAACGGCUGCUGGGGAGAUACCGUCAAACAUGCCUACAGAAGCACUACAGACAGAUAGCAUGGUCAAGCCUGCCGGCCAAGCCACCUCCUUCGCCUCGGCCGUGCCCUUGCGCAUCCUGAACAAAGGGCCGGAUUAUUUCCGCAGACAGGCGGAGCCUAACCCCAAGAGGCUGAGUGCGGUGGAGAGGUUGGAGGCUGACAAGGCCAAAUACGUGAAGAGCCAGGAGGUGAUCAACGCCAAGCAGGAGCCGGUGAAGCCAGCCGUGCUGCCCAAGCCCCCAGCCUGCCCAGUCACCAGGAGAGCGGGGAGCAGCCCGGCCCUCAAGGCCUCCAACAACAACUCCAAGUCGGACACCUGCGUCAAGCGCGAGAACCUGAACCUGGAGAUCCUGAAGAACAUCCUCAACAGUUCGGAAGGCUCGUCCACGGGGACGGUCCACAAGCACAGCACCCGGAGCUGGGCGCCCCAGCGCUCUGAGUCCACCGAACUGAACCGCCGCUCGUUCGCUGAGUCCCUGAAGGUGUUCCCCACUCACUCCAGCCCCCAGGGGAGCAACCUCAACAUCAGCAAGCGGCUCUUCGAGGAGCACUCCAGCGACUCGUCCCUGCACGUCUCCCACAGCUCCUCGGACAUUAGGAGAAUAUGCAACGGCAAGCCCCACAGAGCCACCCCCAGCAGCAGCUCCGCACCGCCCCUGCCACCCAAGCCCAACGUCUCCUCCUGCAACACGCUCAAGUCCCCGGAGAACGAGGCUCCGGUGGAGCCUGGCAGCGCGGUCAGCCGGAGGCCCUCGCUGCACAGGUCCAAGUCUGACCUGAGCGACCGGUACGCCCGCGCCAGCGCGGACGUGGAACGCUUUUUUAAUUACUGUGGACUGGAUCCUGAAGAGCUUGAAAACUUUGGCGUGGAGAACUUUACCCGGGCCAACUCAGAUAUCAUAUCGCUUAACUUCCGCAGCGCCAGCAUGAUAAGUUCAGACUGUGAUCAGUCACGGCACAGCAACGACGAGCUGACGGACGACGAGGACGCCAGCGAACGUGUGCCCUACGGCAUCUCGGCCGUCGAGAGGAACGCCCGAGUCAUCAAAUGGCUCUACAGCAUCAAGCAGGCCCGAGAGUCACAGAAAGUUUCUCAUGUUUGAGAAAAGACACACGUUUUUCUUUUCAUUUCUUCGUAUGUUUAUGUUUUCUGAAAGCCGUGUACUGGCUUUGAAUCUUGAAUUGAUGGUGAGUCCCAAGUUCACAGCCUCUGAGUUGCUUUGCGUUCAGUGUGCAAUGUCUUCAGAAUCUGCAUGCUUCUCGACAUGCAACUUUGACUUGGCCUCCCGAUGCAAAUGUAAGCAAAACAACCUAUUUAAGAUGGCUGCCGUUCCUGGCCUUCUGCCUUAGAGUACAGUAUUUUGCUUAUAUCAAUCAGACAAGCAUUAUGAUGUCAGCUCCUCUGGGUGCAUUGUUCAAUGUUAUUCCACUUUGUGCAGCAUUCAGCAUACUGAGCCUGUGUGAGUCAUGUAGCCAUAUCAGUGUGAAUGCAAGGAUACAGUGUUAAAAUCAGUAGUUCUACUUUUCAAUGUGUAUGGAUGCAGUCAUGCUGUCUGUAUAAAGCUGUGGGCUGUAGAAGCAUGUUACAGUCUGGGUUAGAUGUACUCUCGGACACAUGUUGCUGUUUUCAUUAAGCUGUCCUGUUUUGCACUGGUGAUGUGGUGCAGACAGUAUUGUAAUACCAUCAGCAUUCUGUGAUUCGCUUCCAUCUGGUGCAUCCUCUCCAUCCUCUCUCAUCAGCAGCGGGUUUUUGUGGUACUGAGGAAUGGAAGUGAGCGCAGUGAUUGACCUCAUAACCUGUAGUAUUUGGGUGUCAAAUACACAGCAGAACCACUCUAUUUCAUUGGCGAAUAAUGACCUUUUUUAUUGUGUAAAUGCUGUAAGGAUAUGUAUAUAACUUCUAAGUUGUUACCAAAUCUGUAAAGCGGAGUAUGCUAUGCUAAUAAAUAGCUUUUGGCGCAUUUACUCUUUGCUUUGUUCUUGCACUGCAAGAGUAUGUUUGAUACUCUGUUGACAAUAAACGUAAAACAAAAAAGGACUCAUUUUAAACUUAGGCAUUGAGCAUUUACACUCCAGGAAGGAACAUUGAUUAUAAAUGGAGACAUUUGAAAUGGCUUUGUUCACAUUAAUUUGUUUUGCAAUAAUGUUCCCAUCACGUUCAAGAAGUAGGUCAGCUGAGUAUUAUUUGAGUGAAAGUAUACAGCAUGUGAUGAAACACUGUGGCCUUAUUGUCCUGGGUGUCACUGUAUGGAGAGAAAGUGCUGAUGGCGGCUGAAUUUGUGGCUGUUGAAGUGCAAUAAUCAUAACUAAGAAAUACUACAUGUUGUCCUCCACCCACUGACACAAACAUAUGGUACUAUUGAUUCACACUAAAUGAAUCAAGCUUCUAAAGUCGGGCUUCAAGCUCCUACAACUAAUGCAAGUAUCUCUAUCAAAGCAUCUGUCUUGUUCAAGAGACAAUAUCACUCUCCCAGACAAAAGAACCAUGCUAAUCAAUAGUGCCGCUAUUAAUUUUUUGAUGAUGUGCGUCUGGGUAGAUCUGUAAUUGAUCUUGGAGUGGAGGCAAACAACAGGUACUUCAGUAUGGGGAACACAUCUACUACUGAAAAGGAUACUGGGCACUUGGAUUGUUUUAUUCAGAUCUUUGACUGAAAAAGUAAAUAAAGCUUAGAUAUUUUUGAAAUAAUAUGUAUGAUUAACUUUUCUCCCAGAAAUGAACGUUUUUCAUUGUUUUUGAUGAAAGCAGUUGGCCUUCAGGCUGGUAAACAUUCCAAACAGUAUGUAUUGUUAGGAUCAUUUGCACACCAUAGGUCUUGAUAAGCUGCUCAGGUUGGCCAUGAAUCAACUCAUUUCUUUUUUUUACUUUUCUGAAAACUUGGUUCCUGCAUUGAAAGAAACAUUAUUGUGGCUUCGUGGGAAAACCUGUCAUUGUUAGAGAUUUAGUGUAUUUCUACUAUAUUUGUUACUUCUAGGUAUUGCACAUUUCUGAAUUUGAAUAAAUCACCUGUGAUGUCUUGAAUAA